AUGGACAAACCCCAAAGUGCAUCAGAAGUACGUAGUCUAUUGGGAAUGGCAAGCUACUGCGGUUCACGCUUUAUCCAAAGAUAUGCUACUCUAACUCAACCACUUCGCGAACUAACGCGAAAGGAUGUUCCGUGGAAAUGGACUGACAGGCAUGAUCAAACCCUAGUCGCUCUACAAGAUGCACUGGUACAUGCACCUGUUCUAAAAUAUUUAAAUUCACACUACGAUACUCAACUGUAUGUUGAUGCCAGCACGGUUGGACUUGGAGCCCCACUAAUGCAAGUAGACCCUGCUGAUCCUCAAACUCACCAUGUUGUAGCAUAUGCAAGCAGAGCCCUCUCGCAAGUUCAGCAGAGAUAUUCACAAACAGAGCGAGAAAGUCUUGCAGUUAUUUGGGCUUAUAACCCAGCUGAUUACAUAUCUAGACACCCGUACAAGGCCCAAGUGAAAACGAGCCGAGAGGAGAAAAUAGCCGAAGAAUACAUAAACUACAUAACAGCCACAUCCACCCCUAAAGCAAUCACCAUAGAGGAAAUAGAAUUAGCAACAGAAGAAGAUGAAACGCUGAAAGCUGUUAUGCAAGUAACAAAAUCCGGAAAAUGGUAUCGCGGACAUACAAACCCGUUAGUGAACUCACAGUUCUAUACCCACUGUGAAAAAGUGAAACACGAAUUAGCCGUUUGUGGCAAUGGAAAACUGGUGCUACGUGGACACCGAAUUGUAAUACCAGAAAUGUUGCAGGAUCGUGCGGUUCGCAUUGGUCAUGAAGGUCAUAUGGACAUUGCAAAGACGAAAGCUCUACUUCGUGAGAAAAUUUGGUUUCCAAGGCUAGACAAAGCAGUUGAACACGUUGUUAAAAGUUGUAUCCAAUGUUAG